UUUUUUUUUUUCGGUUAUUCUAGCAAAUAUCCUAUAACCAGAUUUGUUCCAAAGUUUCCAUAAAAUUCGAUGAUUUUCGAGAGUUAAAAGUUUUCCAGCCAACUAGCUCUGGGCAACUGCGGAGAUGUUGCGGAAGUGUUGUGGCGAUAUUGUGAUGAUGUUGUGGAGAUGUUGUGGAGAUGAUGUGGUGACGAUGUUGUGGAGAUGUUGUGGUGAUGUUGUGGAGAUGUUGUGGUGAUAUUGUGGAGAUGUUGCGGAAAUACACUGUUUCCGGGUGUGGUGUUGUGUAGUCCACUAGCACUAACACAAAGCGAUGCCCUCGUGGAAUCUGAUCUAAUGGCCCGAGGUCCAUACCAGUUCUUUGGAAGGGAUCAUGAUUAAUGGUCAUUGGUGCUUUUGGGGAUUUCAUGAGGUUUUGUUACUCAGUUUGUUGAUUAGAGGCUGCUGAGCAGUCGUAGCUUUUUGUGUAUAAAAAGAAAUGUGCAUAAAAUCCAACAAAAUCACUGUGAAAUGUCUGAAUUCUUAGGAAUUUCUUUAGGAUUCAUAUUUAUAAUAUUCCAGAGUGAAAACUUUCCAUGAAGUUUGAAGAAGAUUUAUUUAAAAAAAAAAAUGCUAAUAAACAGCCUAAAUGUAAGAAUUGUAGGUCCAUUAAAAUAUUAUUGAAAAUGAUGUCCUAAGGAUGAGAGGAUGAGAAUAAGUGUUAAUUGACCCUGUAGCAGCAGAGAGAGUUUAUGAACAACCUGAAGAGCUCCAAGUCUCAUCAACAGCUUCACACUCAUCACACUCUCUCUUUAUUAAUGUGUCUGUUAGACUGAAUGGAGCUCAGGAUUUAAACCUGAUGGCACUCAACCUGUAACUCCUGGAUCACAGCACUUCAAUAGGAUCAAUAAUACACUUACAAUGAAUACACUAAUGCUGUGUGUUUACCCAAGGAAGUGUAACGCUGUAUAUACACACACCGAUCACUUUAUUAGGAACACCUGCACAGUCCUGCAGUUAAUCAGCUGAUCAUGUAGCAGCAGAGCAAUGCAUAAAAUCAUGCAGAUACAGGUCAAGAGCUUCAGUUCACAUCAGGAAGGAAGGAAGAAAAAAAGAAACAGUAUGUGCCUUGCUGGCACAGAACACUUAUAAGGAGAGACUGAGAAUUAAACAGAAGGCCAAACCAACAGAUGAAACUAAUAAAACACACAGAGAGAGAGAGAGAGAGAGAGAGAAUUUUUUUUCCUAAUCUUCAGCGGUCCAGUUUGGGUGAGGUUGUGCUCAUGAUAGCCUCAGAUUGCUGUUCCUGGCUGACAGGAGAGGAACCCAGUGUGGUCAUCUGCUUUUGUAGCUCAUCCACAUCAAAGAUUGAUGUGUUGUGCGUCCUGAGAUGCUUUUCUGCUCAUCACGGUUGUAAAGAGUGAUUAUUUGAGUCACUAUAGACUUCCUGUCAGCUCAGACCAGUCUGGUCAUUCUCCUCUGAUCUCUCUCCUCACCAAGGUGUUUCAGCCUUCAGACCCUCCACACACAAGAUGUUUUUUGGUUUUUUAUUGCCACUCACUGGAUGUUUUUUCCUUAAUUGCACCGUUCUGUGUAAAUUCUAGAGAUUGUUGUGUGUGAAAAUUCCAGGAGAUCAGCAGUUACAGAAAUACUCAAACUAGUCCAUCUGUCACCAACCAUCAUGCCACGAUCAAAAUCACUGAGAUCACACUUUUUCCCCGUUCUGAUGGUUGAUGUGAGCGUUACCUGAAGCUGAUGGCCCGUACCUGCAUGAUUUUCUGCACUUAGAUACACUUUAAUAACAGACACCUGGGAAAAACACUGGCCACCACUGACUGACUAACUCCAGCUCAGGAAACAUUUUAGUGUUAAUGUUAGGGAACAUCAUCAAAGUGCAGGAAAAAAAGAAAACUGAAGUGUUUGACAUUACCAACCAGCUGAUUUCAGUUCAUUUAAAUGUUAUUUGUACAGUGUUUUUAACAAUAGACAUUGUCACAAAACAUCUUUACAGAAAUCUGAUUGUAGAUUUAGAUGCUACCCAGAUAGCAAAGGGACGUUAUUUAACAUUGAAUCACCGUCAGUCAGAUAACAUAGACGUGUUAAAUCAGUGUUGAUUUCUGAUGAUCUGAUUCACCGUCACAGUGCACACACUGCUCACUGUUGAAUCAACUGCAUUUAGUCCAUUAUCGAAACACUGAAUUAUAAUCUAAUAAAUCUGCCAAUCUGACCUACACAAGUGGUUUUUAUUACUCUGACAGAAUAAACACUUGUUUUAAACACAAUUAUCACAGUAUGAAGCUCGUUAGCUCAUUAUUUUGGGGCUUGAUGGAGUCUACAGGCCUGCAGUAUGGAUUAGGGAAGUUAUAUGUUUUCAGGUAAAACACAAUAAUAGAAUAAUUGAAGUUAUUAUUAUUACUAUUAACAAUAUUUAGUAAUUCAAAUUAUAUUCUAAUUAGAACCUCAAAUAGGCAUUCAUAGAGUCCAGUUACCAUGGCAUCCUAGUCAAAUAAUUAUUUAUGUAACUUUCAGAACCAUUUGAUUUAAGUAAUAAUAAAGCAAGCUAAUAAUACGUAAACAGUAAGAUAAAGUAAGUAAGAUAAAUUAGAAAAGGUCCAUUUCCAGAUGAUGACAGAAUUUAAUUCUAUAAUAGCUUGAAUAUACGGGUCAUUGCAGUAGAAGAGUUAGCUAGUCUCAUAUAGCUAGGCUAUAGCACACUCACACUGAUUAGCAAGCUGCUGUGGUGUUGUUAGCGUGAGUGUGACAAUGCAGAAGCCGUCUGUUUUUCUGUGCUUGUGGUCCUGUUUUGUGUGUUUUUAAGUGUACAGGUUCACCAGAAGGGGUUUGUUCUAAUCCGUUAGAUGGGAUUCACCAGCAUGCAGUGCGUCUCUGCUUUAAAGAUAGCUUCCUCUCAUUUGUUUAAAUUGCUUUACACACAACACGCACACCACUCAAUCUUCACUCCAGACAACAUCCCGACAUUACUCACUACUGAUAUGAGCCGUCUAAUGCUAUAGUUUUGCGUUCUGUAUUAAACGUAGUCUUUGGCAAUAGCAAACUCCACCUGCUGCCUCCCUCUUGUUGUGGUCCAGGCGGAGAGCGUAACAGUGAGCUAUAGAUUUUUCUACCAGAAAUCCUUUUGCUAUAAUGUGUUGAUGCUAAAUGUGUUCCUAUUAAACGGUUCUCCUCAGGGCUGGAUAUUCUGACGUAUUUGAUGCUGCUGAAACUGGUGGUGAUUUACAGUGACAUGACUUUGGCCAUCUUGCCUUGAAUUCAAACCUAUGUGUUUAAUAUGUUUAUUAAAAUGUAUUAUACUAUAUAAUUAGAUAAUAUUUGUUUGUUGUAGAAAAUCUGCACACACUGAGGGCACAAUGGACAUCAUGACCUCUUUUUUUUAAUUUCUUACACUGGGGGGAAAAACGUGCAUCUCGGCACCUGCUGUUUUUACUGUAUGCAUAUUCUACUGAAUAUUCCUAAAGAUGGCAAUUCUCCAAUUAGAAACGCUCAUUUUAAACAGGAAAUUUCCACACACUCCUCCAGACAGUAUCAGGGCAUCAUGACCUCCGUUUUUUCCAUUUGCAUCGUAUUGGGCUCCAUGUGUGUGUGCCUCCUCUCUGCAGAAUCUGAGAUCACUGUAUCUGGCCAAGUGGGGUCUACAGCUGUCCUGCCGUGUGAACUGCAGCGUGUAGGCACUGAAACACCGUAUAUUAGGUGGCGCAUCAAAUCUGAGGAUGUGUUUGAGCGAUCGGGAGAGGAGAGCUAUCAGGCUGAGGGAUAUGAGGGCCGUGUGGACGUCCCUGAGGAAGAGCUGCGUAAGGGGAACUGUUCCUUAGUGUUGCGCAAUCUGUCACUUACUGAUGCAGGUGUCUACACGAGCUACCAGAUAGUGAGACACACCGAGAGAUCUGCCAUUCCAAAAACAGAAGAGAUUAGCCGUGUUAAUCUCUCAGUCUAUGAAAAACCUCCUGAAAAGAGAACUGAAAUUCCCACAGAUGAUGCAGGAAUGAAGUGUCCUCACCCACCGAUCAUGGUCUUGUCCCUCAUAUCAUGUUUACUCCUCCAGUUCUUCUUUGCAUAAACCUGAGUGUGAAUUAGUGGUGCACAGGACUGUCUUUAUGCCUCCAGCACCACGUGGUGGAAGUGUUAUGUUUUUGGGUUGCGUUGUUGCGCCUGUCACUCUGUGUGUUACCUUUCAGAAGGUCAGAGCCAAAGCAUAUAGGGAGGGUCAGACAAAGAUCAAUCCUAAUGACCCCCAUAAAGGGUACAGGAAAGAGAGAAAAGAAAUGUACCCUGUCCACUUUAGGGUUACGGGAACCCAGCCCUGGAGCCAGGCCACAGGC